GAUCUCCAAACGUGGGUGAACGGUGCUAACGAAAAUGGCUUUGUCCUCGUCUCAUUUGGAGCUGGAGUGAAAUACCUGUCAGAAGAUAUAGCAAAUAAGUUAGCACAUGCUCUAGCGAGGCUGCCUCAGAGAGUUAUUUGGAGGUUUUCAGGAAACAAACCAAGGAAUUUAGGCAACAACACGAAGCUUAUAGAAUGGUUACCACAAAACGACCUCCUUGGUCACUCUAACAUUAAAGCUUUUCUUAGUCAUGGAGGUUUGAACAGCAUUUUUGAAACCAUGUACCAUGGGGUCCCGGUGGUGGGGAUUCCCCUUUUUGGAGACCAUUAUGAUACUAUGACUCGUGUGCAGGCCAAAGGCAUGGGAAUAUUGUUGAACUGGAAGACUGUCACUGAGAGCGAAUUGUAUGAAGCCCUAGUAAAAGUUAUUAAUGAUCCCAGCUACCGGCAGCGGGCGCAGAGGCUGUCCGAGAUUCACAAAGACCAACCCGGUCAUCCUGUUAACCGGACUGUGUACUGGAUUAAUUACAUCCUCCGUCACAACGGAGCCCAACAUCUACGUGCCGCUGUUUACAGCAUCUCUUUAUAUCAGUAUUUCUUACUGGAUAUUGCCUUUGUUGUACUAGUGGGUGCUGCCUUACUUUAUUAUAUUUUGGCCAGAAUAACAAAAUUUAUCCGCAAACAAAGCAAACAUCUUUGGUCAAAUGACGAACAUAGCGCUGUUAAUGGACAUUACCAGAACGGGAUACCAAAUGGCAAGUAUAGAAGAAAUGGCCACAUUAAGCAUGAAAAAAAGGUGAAAUGAGCCAACCGCCCCAUGUAAAGUAGUCAUGAAUCAGAUCAGUAAUCGAAUUUUAUCGCUGUAACUUAGUCUAACAACUACUUAAAACCUCAAUAAGCAGUUCUAACACUCCCCUUCAGUAUGUAAUAUUAUGUGACAGAAUUCUACGGAACUAAGAAAAGUCUUUAAAAAAAAAAAAAAAAGAAAAAGCACAACCUAAAAUGGAAAAUAUUUUAUUCUUAAUACUGAUGCAGAGAGGUUAUUUUGGCACUGAAGUUUUUAGAAGCCUUAAUUCUCUAAAGUUAUACAAUGACCGUAUUUAUGAAUUUUCAGUUUUUAAAAGCUAAAUGUGUGUGUCCCAAAUGAGGAAAGGUUUCUUUUUAUUUGCAGAGGUUUUUUCCUUUUAUUUUUUUAUUAUUUUAAUAUAUCCUUCUUUUAGCUGAGAGAACUUUAGUGCUAGCUCUGUUUCCUUUGUUGAAGGUUCAACAUGUUGUGUAAGAAUGCUGUUUAAAAAAAAAAAAAUUUUUUUCCAGUCUUUGUGCAAGAAAUAGCCAGUUACAGACUGAGAGCACAGACAUUUAAAAAAAAAAAAUCUUAAAAAUGAGCAGUAAAGAAAAAUGGCAAAAAUAUGUACUCCUUUUACUGAUAAGCUGCAUGACUCUUCUGCUCACUACUGGUACUUUGGAGAAAAGGGUCUUGAGCAAGUCUACAGUAUGUCUUAAUUUUUAAUGUAUGCAAAAUUUUGUAUGUUGCCUUUCUCUGCAUAUAUAAUUUAUGCCA